ACUUGAAAAGAAGACUAUAUGAAAAUAUCAUAGAAUUACAUGUAGCCUUGUCUUUUAUGGAAUUAUAGAAAUUUCUAAUAGCUUCCCUAAAAUUUUUUGCUUUUUAUCGAAAACGAUGGUUGAAAAGAUUAAUUACGCUAACCUAAAAUGUAUAUGACAUUAACCUAUCAGUUUUUAAUAAAUUCUGCCAUUCUAUAAAUUGCUAAAAAUAGAAGAUUUUGUAAUUAUGAGGACCCAUGUAAAAAAGAAUAAGCAGAAAAAUCAACAGAUGCAUGAUUUUAAUCGAUUUCAAGAAUAAUUAAUUCAUGAAAAUCAAGCAAUUUUGAUGUUUUUUGAUUAAAUGAAAGAUUAUAAUCGCUUUUUCGCAUAAUUGAUUACGAAUCAUUAGUUUUUAACCGAUUAUAAUCGUUUUCUUCACUGGAAUUGAUUAAAAUCGAUGUACACCGAGCAUAAUCGAUUAUCUUUGAUUUUGUUUUAAUCAAUUCAAAUUAAUUUUUAGCAGUAAUCAAUUUUCAUCAGUAGUUGAUGAUUUUUUUCGAUAUAAACCAAGCAAUGCUGAUUUUACUCUACCAUAAUCACUUAGGUUUUCGAAUCAAUUAUAAUCACUGGGACAAGAGUCGUCUAAAAUCAAGUCAGAUUGAUCAUAAUCCACCGCAAUCGAUUAGUUUUUUGGAUCGAUUAUAAUGACUGUGAUAAGAAUUGUCUAGAAUCAAGCUAUGCUGAUUGUAAUCCACCGAAACCGGUUAGAUUUUCGAAUCGAUUAUAAUCACUAGGAUAACAAUCGUCUAAAAUCAAGUCAUACUGAUUAUAAUCCACCGCAAUCGAUUAGUUUUUUGGAUCGAUUAUAAUUAUUGAUAAUCGAUGUGAAACUAGCACGACGACCAAUCAGAACUGACCAUCCAUUCCACCAAUCAGAGCUCGAGAAUAAUUUACCAUCCCUAGUCCAUAAAAUACCACAACAAACUUCCUUAGCAACCACCACUUUUUCCAACGACCCAAAAAAAAACAAAUCGUCUUUUACAAACAAAAAUCAGCAACACUUUCUAAAACAAAAAAAGUUAUCAAAAAUUCAAAAAAAAAUAACCAACUUCCCCCCUAGGGUGUGGGUGUGGGUGUGGGUGGGUGUUGGUACCUUCUCUUCUAUCAAUACCCACAUCCAGACCCACACCCACACCCACACCCAUACACCGGUCGAGAUGGUGGUAUGCUCUUCAAGAAGUUCCUUCGCAUGUUCAUCAACCGUAUGAACGUUUUCAUCGAACAUCACCAUGGAAGUAUCAGGUACAUGAUAAUGAUCAGCUGCAUCAUGCAUAUCGAUACAUUUCGCUUGCAACCCAAAAUAAUCAUUACAUUCGUCCUUGAGUCUCGUCAGAAAUAGAAGAUAAAAGUCUUCACAAGUUUGCGAUUUGCAAACAUUGCAUAGCAUUGAGUUUGUUCGCAGAUCACACAUAGCACAAGUUGUUCUAGAAACUUGUGUUAAUGCUACCAUCAUGUUUGCUGACAUUGUUGUUGUAAUCACCAAUUGAAGAAAACAAAAAGACUGCGCUCUCUUUCUUACCUUGCUCUUUUAUUUUUUACUCUUCAUCCCUCUGAACGUAACUGAUAAAUGCCUUUCAUCAUAAACAGAAAAUGGUUGCGGGUUAUUUUUUUUUCUUAUUCAGUUGCGUUACGUUCUUAUCAUGGAUACUAUGAUGGCAAAACGAACAAUGAUAGAAACAUCACUCUACUACGAUGAAAAUGUUGUAAAUUAUGUAGCGAUUCAUCCAGAAGACAAUAUUUUUUCACAAACAAACCGUGUGGAAAUUCUGAAUAAAUAUGGUGUCUUCGAAUUCGAAGUUAUUCUUAAACCGACUUGUUACAUUAGGUGCAAUCGCAUUGAAUCGUGUUCAACAUAAGAAAUAUCAUUUUAAGAAGUACCACAGUUAUUUUGUACGCUGUUGUUCAUCCGAAAAACCUUCACGCACACUAUUCGAUAUAAUUAACGAACGAUUCGAUUUUAAGAACAGAAUUGGGGGAAUGGAGAGUAUAUUAGAAGAAAUAUUUGGCGACGUCUUGAUUCCACGUCUUGAUCCAUAAAGUUUCGUCGCUAAAUCGGAUAUAAAUAAAACACGAGGUAUUCUUUUACAUGGACCACCCGGUACUGGAAAAAGUCUGAUCGCUCGAACUGUGUGUGAUAUAUUAAACGUAAAUCCGAAAGUAAUACGUGGUCCAGAAAUCUUUUCAUCCAUCCUGGGUCAAUCAGAACAAAAUAUUCGACAUUUGUUUGAAGAUGCUCGUCAAGAUCAACGGAAUUUUGGUUCAAACAGUAAAUUACAUGUGAUUGUAUUCGACGAAAUCGACGCUGUGUGCAAAAAUCGAACACAGAGUAGUUCAGUACGUGAUACCGUGCAUGAUAACGUUACUGCUCAGCUCCUGGCUGAGAUCGAUGGAAUGAUUUAUCUUGACAAUAUUCUCUUAAUCGGCACAACAAAUAUUCGCGAAGCAGUCGAUUCAGCACUUCUUCGUCCGGGACGCAUGGAGGAAGUUAUUAAGAUUGAAUUACCAGAUGCAGCCGCUCGCUCUGCUAUUUUUGAUAUCCAUACAAAAGCACUUAUCCGUAAUGCAGCACUUAAUGAAGAUGUCAAUAUCAACCACAUCAUUCGCCGUACCGAAGGAAUGACCGGAGCACAUAUGGAACAAAUUGUUCGAUUGGCAGUUCAGGCUGCUAUGCGACGAGACAUUUUAAAGCGAGAUAAAUUCGAUAUUACCGAAGAAGAGGUCGAAGCCCUUGAAGUUUGUCAUCGAGAUUUCAUUGAAGCUUUAUCUAAACUAACCAUAUGA